GACGGUGCUCGUCAGAUGUCGGCCAAAUCAGGGCCGUCCAUCCAUGCAGUUUCUACCGCUUUCCAGUUUCCACCAACCCCCACCCGCUACAGUCUAAAACCCUCGUCCACCUCCACAGUCCACAUCCCACCCACUGCUCCCAAUCCCCGCAUCCCCGCCGCCGCCGCCGCCGCCGCCAGCUCCACCAUGGCGGCCACCACCCACGCCACCGCCCCCUCCCCGUCCCUCUCCUCCCUCCUCUCCCGCCCCCGCUCCGCCGCGCCGCAGCUCCGCCUCCGCCCCGCCGCCCACCGCCGCGUCCGCUGCGCCACCGACGCCGCCGUCCCCGCCCCCGCCGCCACCAACAAGCCCCGGCGCGCGGCGGACGAGGACAUCCGCGAGGAGGCGGCGCGGCACCGCGCCCCGGCCAACGGCUUCUCCGCCUGGUACGAGCCCUUCCCCCCAGGCCCCGCCGGCGCCGGGUCCACGGACGAGCGCUACUCCCUGGACGAGAUCGUGUACCGCUCCAGCUCCGGCGGCCUCCUCGACGUGCGCCACGACAUGGCCGCCCUGGCGCGCCACCCGGGGUCCUACUGGCGGGACCUCUUCGACUCCCGCGUCGGCCGCACCGUCUGGCCCUACGGCUCCGGCGUCUGGUCCAAGAAGGAGUUCGUGCUCCCCGGGAUCGACCCGGACCACAUCGUCUCCCUCUUCGAGGGCAACUCCAACCUCUUCUGGGCCGAGCGCCUCGGCCGCGACCACCUCGCCGGCAUGAAGGACCUCUGGGUCAAGCACUGCGGCAUCUCCCACACGGGUUCCUUCAAGGACCUCGGCAUGACCGUGCUCGUCAGCCAGGUCAACCGCCUCCGCCGCGCCCCGCUCUCCCGCCCCAUCGCCGGCGUCGGAUGCGCCUCCACGGGGGACACCUCCGCCGCGCUCUCCGCAUACUGCGCCGCCGCCGGGAUCCCCGCUAUCGUGUUCCUCCCGGCCAACCGCAUCUCGCUCGAGCAGCUCAUCCAGCCCAUCGCCAACGGCGCCACCGUGCUCUCCCUCGACACCGACUUCGACGGCUGUAUGCGGCUCAUCAGGGAGGUGACCGCCGAGCUGCCAAUUUACCUUGCCAAUUCGCUCAAUUCGCUCAGGCUGGAGGGGCAGAAGACGGCAGCCAUUGAGAUACUGCAGCAGUUCGACUGGGAGGUGCCAGAUUGGGUCAUUGUUCCGGGAGGCAAUCUUGGAAACAUAUAUGCUUUCUACAAGGGAUUCGAGAUGUGCCGUGUACUUGGCCUCGUUGAUCGUCUGCCACGGCUUGUCUGUGCGCAGGCCGCCAAUGCCAACCCGCUGUACCGCUACUACAAGUCAGGAUGGACCCAAUUCCAGCCACAAGUGGCCGAGCCUACAUUUGCGUCGGCGAUUCAGAUCGGUGACCCUGUAUCGGUCGACCGUGCGGUGGUUGCACUCAAGGCAACAAAUGGCAUCGUCGCAGAAGCCACAGAGGAGGAGCUCAUGAACGCAAUGUCCCUCGCUGACCGCACCGGCAUGUUUGCCUGCCCGCACACCGGGGUCGCUCUCGCGGCGCUCUUCAAGCUUCGGGAAGAGGGCACCAUCGGGGCAAACGACCGCACGGUGGUCGUCAGCACGGCGCACGGCCUCAAGUUCUCCCAGUCCAAGAUCGACUACCAUGAUCAGAAGAUUGAGGACAUGGCCUGCAAGUACGCCAACCCACCGGUCAGCGUGAAGGCCGACUUCGGCGCCGUCAUGGACGUCCUCAAGAAGAGGCUCAAGGGUAAGCUUUGAGCAUGCCCUCCUGCUGCUGCUGCUGACCCCUCCGAUUGGCUACUGCGAUUCGAUUGUCUUGUGCAUCUGAUUCAAAUGUGAUUGGUUUGCUGUGUGGAGCAUUCAAACCCUUGAUUUGAAAUCUUGUAGGUGAGUGAGACUCUUGUAGGCGUGUCGGCGGGGAAUGGUUAGGGGGUGGGGUUGAUUAUCUCUUGUACCGUGUUGUGUUCUAUGGAUAAUAAACGGUUGUGUUGUGUUGCUGUUCAUUGAAUAAUCAAUCAUUCAGUCUGUUUGCUCCA